AUGACCGACAUUGAUAAGACUUCCGCGCUUUUGUUGGAUGUGGUAUGGCAAGCCAUUGACGUUAAAGGGACAGGCUACGUUUAUGGGAGAGAUUUCUCCCUGGUAGUGUCGAAAAUGGAAGAAAUACUCAAUAAGGGAAGAUCAGGGAGUGAGAGAGCUACUUUGGUUUCUAAAACUGGCGAAGAGAUCCUCAAGAAGUUCAGCAGUGACCAGGAGUUCUUUAAGGUAUACAAAGAAGACUUUUGCGAGCUUUUCAAUGGUCUCAUCGGGACGAGUUUCAGAAACGCGGUUCAGAGGUUUACGGGAAAUGGAUCGUUGACCUUUUUGCGAAACGAGCACCAAACAACAAGCUUUUAUGACAAUGAGAAAACGCCAGUAGAUUCCGAGGCAUUGCGAGAGGAAGUUCUCGCUUUGAAAAGAACAAUCAGCGAAUUACAGAAGUGGAAUUCUGAAAAAGAACAUGAUAUUUCUUCAAAGAACGAAGUGCUAGCAGAACUGCGACAAAGUAACGGGUCGCCCUCUGGUAGCCCAAUGCGCAAGGUGGGGAGCAGGACUCUAGAAGCGCAGGUCGCGACUUUAAAAGAAGAACUCAACUUCAAAGAUGGCAUUAUCCGAGAAAAGGAUCGCGAGUUACUAAGUAUGACGGAAAAACUUGAAGACUUCAAGAACAAGUACGAGUUUUUGGAAAGAGGCUUCCAAUUCUAUAAAGACCAUGGUGAAUUGCAAAAGCCAGAGGCUAUCAAGGAGGCUACAAAACACGAAUUUAUCAUAUCAGAACUCAGGCGAAAGAUUCAAGAUCAAAGUGAACUGAUUGGCGCAAUGCGUACUCAGGUAGAGUCUAGAAAAGUUGCUUUACCUGCAAUGAGGGAGAAAAGUGUGGAAGCCAGCUUACCCGAUUUAUUUUCGCUAUCCACGGUUUUAAAGUACAUUGUUGGGGCAAUUUUUCUGGUAUUGGCAAUUAAUAUUCUCUUAUACUCCAUGGCAUUCUUGAAGUCACUUAUCAAGCUCAAUCCCUCACAAGAGCUUAAUUCUAAGAUCAAGUUAAAAUGGUGGGAGCAGAGCUCUGUGUUAAGCAAAGUACAUUGGUUUUUCACAGAUUUUUUCGAAUACGAUUGGGAUCCGGCAUCUGAUGAAGUUCUUAGUGCUAACUAUGAUAAACUUUUUGGUGUUUGA